AUGGGCGAGGCGUACGAGCGGCGCCGCCGCCUGGCCCCGCGGCUGACGCUGCUGCUGGUGGGCUACGUGACGACCAUCUUCCUCCUGUGGGCGGCCCUCCCGCUCGUCCUACGAGGCGCCUCCGCCCAGCGGCUACUGCCCUUCAGCCAGAUCCGCGGGCUCGACGCCGGCCCUCUGCCGCUCUACGAGUUCGCCUACGGCGUCGAGUUCGCGUCCACCUUCUACUGGAUCUACAUCAGCGUCGGCCUCGACUGCUUCUUCGCCAGCAUCAUGACGCACGUCACGGCCCAGUUCCGACUGCUCAACUGGCGUCUGUCUAGCCUGGGGAGGGACCACCAGAGCGACGGCCGUCCCGAAAUCACCGACGGGCCCGUAGCCUCGUGCGAAGCGCACCAGCCGCAAAAGACGGCCGCUACAGACCGUGUCGGGUACACGACACUGAAUCCGGACACAGGCAGCGCAAUGAAGGCUGCUGUCUAUUUGCCAAUACCCGCCAUUCAGGUCUACCUCUACUGCUGGUUCGCCCACGACAUCAUGGAACAGAGCGAGGCGGUGUCGCUGUCGGUGUACUGCGGCGGCUGGGAGUCUGCGAGCCGGCGCUUGCGCGGUGCUCUGCUGCUGGUGAUGCGCCGCGCGGCCGCGCCCUGCAGGCUCAGCGCCGCCGGCCUGUGCACCAUCAGCCGCGGCACCUUCCUCUCGGUAGACAGAAUAGAAGAUGAAAAUCAAGAAAUGGGUGUUCGUGUGAAGAAGGGUGUAACGCAGGGUAACAGCUAA